AUGGAAAAAUAUGGCUGGCGUAGAGAAAGUAACAACAAAUGGGCUAAUACUCCAGGUGGUACUCACGAAAAUGGUAACCCACUCAUAGUUUUGGCUGUGGCAGGGUCAUGGAUUCUGGAGGCCAGAACCCCGCUUGCAGACGAACGAGAGUCUUCAGAGUUCAGCGAUAGUUUUAUGAAACUAAUCUUGUCGUCGACCUCACACAAGUUGGUGUUUAGGAUCGACAUGGCUCGCUUCGAAUGGGGAGCCUUGCGGUUGACCAUUAACUCCGUCGAAGAAGUUGCAGCUAUCCGUUCCAGGGCUAUAGGAAAUUUCUCAUUCUCAUUUCUAGAGACUGUAGGUGGCUGGACCCACUUCCUAUUCCCCACCGUCCACUUCAGGAUUGUUCACCGUCAGGUUGCGACAGCUCCUCCAUCGGUGAGUUGCCCUCCUCUGGAAAGGCGUGUGAGAGAAGACAGCGCGUUAGAAAAAGAAACUGAGACUGAUGCGGAAAUGAUCGCUUGGUCAGAGUUGCCACCUUCUCAGGAGGACAAAUUAUUGAUUAAUCCAGAGUCCAAGAUUUGUGAAUAA